GAGCGCGGGAGGAGGCGGAGCGGGAGGCUGUGGUGGCCGCAGCCGUGUGUGCGCGCCGGGCUGGCGAGCUGCGGGGCGGGGGAGCGGCGCCCCAGAGCGCCCCGCCUCGCCUCCCGCGCGCAGCCUCUGCCCUGCUCCGCCACAGACACACACCCACCAAGCACCCACCGCCCUCCGCCCUCCGCCCUCCGCCCCCGCGGCCGCCGCCGAGCCUCGGGCAGCCCCAGAAAGCGGCAACUCCCGGGCUGGCGCGACUCGCUUUCCGGCUCCUUCCUCGCGGCGAGCUCAGCCCCGCUCGAUUUUUCCUCUUCGGUUCGAGCCCUCUCUCGUCUGGGUGGCGGUGGCGGCGGCGGGGGAUGGGGACCCCGCGUGGGGAAGAGGGUGAAGAUCGACGAAGAUUAUUGUUCUUUUAAAGGAUGCCUUAGCUUCCUCCCGCCGCCUCUCCUCUGAGCCUUCCUACUAGAGACCGCGAACCAGAGUCAGGGAUGUAAAGACAGGGGGAAAGCACGCCAGGAGCUCCAGCCAGCCGGGGAGACCCUCCUCUUUGCGGAGGGGAGGGGGAUUUCCAGCGACAGAUCAUUGGCGAAGGGGAUCGUCGCGGGGAGAGGCUCCCCGGAGGGAGCGGGGAAUCCCGCAGCCCUUUGUGGUGCCCGAGCCCGUGCCGCCUGCUGAGCGGGGUCUGUGGGAGCUAGCUGUGUCAGUGGAAAUGCCUGCCCCAGAGGGAUAUUGCUUCAGUUGAUCUCAUUUUUUUAAGGACCGUGGCUCUGGGGCUUUGUCCAGCUCAAAAUGGCAGAAAAGGCUCCCCCUGGCUUAAACAGGAAGACUUCGAGGUCGACACUUUCUCUUCCUCCAGAGCCUGUGGACAUUAUCCGGAGCAAAACAUGCUCCAGGAGAGUUAAAAUCAACGUGGGGGGCCUCAACCACGAAGUCCUGUGGAGAACACUGGACAGACUGCCCAGGACACGCCUGGGGAAGCUUCGAGACUGCAACACACACGAGAGCCUCCUGGAAGUGUGUGAUGACUAUAAUCUGAAUGAGAAUGAGUAUUUCUUUGAUCGGCAUCCAGGAGCCUUCACUUCCAUUUUAAAUUUCUACCGGACAGGGAAACUCCAUAUGAUGGAAGAAAUGUGUGCACUUUCUUUUGGCCAAGAACUUGAUUACUGGGGGAUUGACGAGAUUUACUUAGAGUCCUGCUGCCAGGCCAGAUAUCAUCAAAAAAAAGAACAAAUGAAUGAAGAACUGAGGCGAGAGGCAGAGACUAUGCGAGAACGAGAAGGAGAAGAGUUUGAUAAUACCUGCUGCCCUGAUAAAAGAAAGAAACUGUGGGACUUGCUGGAGAAACCAAACUCAUCAGUGGCUGCAAAGAUCCUGGCCAUUGUGUCUAUCCUGUUCAUCGUGCUUUCCACAAUUGCUUUGUCUCUCAACACUCUGCCAGAGCUGCAGGAAACAGACGAAUUUGGACAACCUAAUGAUAAUCGCCAAUUAGCACACGUGGAGGCUGUGUGUAUUGCAUGGUUUACCAUGGAGUACCUGUUGCGAUUCUUGUCCUCACCAAACAAAUGGAAGUUCUUUAAAGGUCCACUGAAUGUCAUUGAUUUGCUGGCCAUCUUGCCAUACUAUGUCACCAUUUUUCUCACGGAGUCCAACAAGAGUGUGCUGCAGUUCCAAAAUGUGAGGCGUGUGGUCCAGAUCUUCCGAAUCAUGCGCAUCCUCAGGAUCCUGAAACUCGCCCGGCAUUCAACAGGCCUGCAGUCUCUGGGUUUCACCCUUAGGCGGAGUUACAACGAACUGGGCUUGUUGAUAUUGUUUCUGGCCAUGGGGAUAAUGAUAUUUUCCAGCCUGGUAUUUUUUGCUGAGAAGGAUGAAGAUGCUACCAAGUUCACCAGUAUCCCUGCAUCAUUUUGGUGGGCCACCAUCACCAUGACCACUGUUGGUUAUGGUGACAUUUACCCUAAAACGUUACUAGGGAAAAUUGUGGGAGGCCUGUGCUGUAUUGCUGGGGUUCUGGUUAUUGCCCUUCCUAUCCCAAUUAUUGUGAACAAUUUUUCUGAGUUUUACAAGGAGCAGAAACGCCAAGAGAAAGCAAUUAAAAGGAGGGAGGCUCUUGAGCGGGCCAAAAGGAAUGGAAGCAUUGUUUCUAUGAACUUAAAAGAUGCCUUCGCUCGAAGUAUGGAACUGAUAGAUGUGGCUGUCGAGAAGGCUGGAGAGUCCACCAAUACGAAGGACUCCGCCGACGAUAAUCACCUGUCUCCAAGCCGGUGGAAGUGGGCCAGGAAGGCUCUGUCGGAAACAAGCUCCAACAAGUCUUUCGAGAAUAAGUACCAGGAGGUUAGCCAAAAAGACUCCCACGAGCAGCUGAAUAACAUGUCUUCCUCCAGCCCACAGCAUCUGAGUGCCCAGAAACUGGAGAUGCUAUACAAUGAAAUCACCAAGACACAGCCUCAUUCUCAUCCAAACCCAGACUGCCAAGAAAAGCCUGAGAGGCCAUCUGCUUAUGAAGAAGAGAUUGAAAUGGAAGAAGUGGUGUGUCCACAGGAGCAGCUGGCCGUGGCACAGACUGAGGUCAUCGUGGACAUGAAGAGCACUUCCAGCAUUGACAGCUUUACCAGCUGUGCCACCGACUUCACGGAGACGGAGAAAUCACCCCUACCACCGCCUUCCGCCUCUCACUUGCAGAUGAAGUUCCCAACCGACUUCCCAGGGACAGAAGAGCACCAAAGAGCUAGGGGCCCCCUGUUUCUAACUCUAUCCAAAGAGAAAGGGCCUGCUGCCAGGGAUGGCACACUGGAGUAUGCCCCAGUCGACAUAACUGUGAACCUCGAUGCCAGUGGCUCCCAGUGUGGGCCACACAGUCCUUUGCAGUCUGACAAUGCCACCGACAGUCCUAAGAGCUCUCUAAAAGGCAGCAACCCACUAAAGUCCAGAUCCCUCAAAGUGAACUUUAAGGAAAAUAGAGGCAGUGCACCACAGACCCCACCCAGCACAGCCAGGCCACUGCCAGUCACGACAGCUGAGUUUCCGCUCACCACCUCACAGCACAUCAGUACCAUCCUCUUAGAAGAAACCCCCUCCCAGGGAGACAGACCCUUGCUGGGUGCUGAGGUCUCAGCACCUUGUCAGGGACCUUCCAAAGGGCUGUCCCCCAGGUUUCCCAAGCAGAAACUGUUCCCUUUCUCUUCAAGAGAGAGGAGGAGCUUCACUGAAAUAGAUACUGGUGACGAUGAAGACUUCUUAGAGCUCCCAGGGGCAAGGGAGGAGAAGCAGGUGGACUCCAGCCCAAAUUGCUUUGCAGAUAAGCCUAGUGAUGGGAGAGACCCUUUAAGAGAAGAGGGCAGCAUGGGCUCUUCCUCCCCACAGGACACAGGUCACAACUGUAGGCAAGACAUUUACCAUGCUGUGAGUGAUGUCAAAAAGGACAGUAGUCAAGAAGGGUGCAAGAUGGAAAACCACUUGUUUGCCCCAGAAAUUCAUUCCAAUCCAGGAGACACAGGUUAUUGCCCCACACGUGAAACCAGCAUGUGACUAGUUACAAAAGCAAUAAAUCAAAAAAAAAACUUGUUUCUUAAAAAUGCAGUUAAUAACACCAGUGAACUAAAAAAAUGGGAAGCCCUCCCCAAAAAAGUACAUAAAAUGUUAUUUUUGCAUGGCAUGAACAGUUUAGCUUAAGUACUGUUUAAAUAAAGAAUCAAGACUGCAUUUUGUAACAAACCAACAAAAUGACUGAAGAACAGUGAACAAAUAAAAAGAGCUCUAUUAGGAACCAGUAUUCUGCAAUGUCUGACAUUUUUGAUCCUUUCAUUUCAAAGUGUAGGCCAAUUUUCAAGUGUUAACUUUUAUGUUACGAUAAAGUUUAGAAUUUUCACAUGAAAGGAUGAAAUGUCAUUGCAUGCAUUCAUAAUUAUGAGGAAUAAGGUACUGUGAGCUUGCAAAAUGCAUAACUUUAUAAAUAUUGAGGCCUGGAUGCGAAAGGUCACGAACACAUGGAAACAAGUUUCUGAAACACAGGUAUUUCCUUCACAGCUACUGCCUGGAGGAGCUGUACAGACUUCCUGUUGCAAAAUUGCAACCUCUCCUUAAACCAUCUUGCAUAUCUUGCUUUGAGUUAUGAGCUCUUAGAAGCACAUUUGUUUAAAGGAAUACAGUAUUUUUAUUUACUUGUGGUAUAGUUCAUAGAGUACAUUUUACUUUUUUCCUUCUGCUUAGUUGUGGCAUUUGUGGUUUCAUUUGUAAAUCAUAGACAUGGGCAAGAUUUAAUGACCAGAUAUCAAAAUAUCUAAAAUUUAAGCUUGAAAUUUUGCCAGUCAGUUAUAUAUCAUGCCACAGCCUAUUACAAAAAUGUAUUUUUUUAAAAACCUGAAAUUAUUUAAAAGGUUAUAUCAUACAAUUAAAUGUUUUUCAUGGCAGUCUACAUUUGGAAAUUAGUUAUUUUAAAAAAUGUAUUUUGGCCACCUAAUGAUGACGUAUUUUUCAUUUGAAUCCAAUAUAACAUAACCUUUUCUAACUAAAGUUCUUAAAAUAGAAUGCAGAUAUGCCAAAAUGGAAAUUCCAAAAAGUGACUUGACAAACUAGAAGCAGAGUCAUUUAAGUCAGAUUUCCACCGCCACUCAUAGAGUUAGCUGGGAAAUGAGUUACCAUGAAAAGAGCCCAAGAGUGGUAAUAGGUCACCCAAUAUUUCUCAACAUGGGAUGUAAGGUGGGGGGGGCACUGCAAUGUGUGGGAAGAAGUUGUUCUUUUUGCAGGAUAUGAAUGACAGAACACCGAGCACAGAUGGCAGUCACACCCUCCUGUAAUUACAGCAACUAGAAACACUCCCUUCCAGGGGGUGAUUGGGACUGUCUGUGUUCAAAGUGACUUUCAGUGUUUUUUACUGGGAACAGUGAAAUCCAGAGAAGUGAAGCCACUGACCAGAGAUUGCCUUGUUGAUGAAGUCUGUGCUAGAACCCAGGUCAUCUUAAUUCACUUUGCUUCAUAAGAAUCAAGGCUCUGGUCCAGAUUUGCAACUACCAGAUGUUUGAUUCUAGGCAAGCCUGUACAACCUCUCUUGGUCUCAGUUUUGCCCCAGUAAAAAUCAAAACAAAAUUAUUUCCAAGCUCCCAUAAGACCUCAAAUUAAUGAUUCCUUGGUCUCCCAGGAAGGUCCAGAUUUUGCCUCAGCCUAAUGCACUUUGUACGUGUGCGUGUGUGUGUAUAAAAUUCAGGGAAAUAGAUGCUGGGCCAGAUUUAAAGCACAAUUUAUUGUUGAAAGAAAAAAAUUCUAAAUUUUAUUUUAUUUUUAAGGGAAAAAAAUAGCCCAAAUAUUUAGACUCUUAUUUAAGGCUUUAAAGAAAAACAUUUCUUUAUUACCAGAAUCUGGUCAUUAUAUCUCAGAUAAGAAAACAAGUUUUGAUCUUAGUUGAAACCUAAGCAGACCUAUUGCUAAAAAUAAUUUUAAACAUUUCUUUUUUUUACUGUGCUUAGAAUUUCUUAGUAGUUUUCAUGUUUGUUUCAAAACAUAACUGUUAAGAGUAUAUGGUCAAUAAUUGUUGAUAUUUACAUUACUCAUACUUAUUUCAGUGUCUAAAGCUAAAUAUUGAUCAGUUUUGUAAAUAGAGUGAAUUUUCUAUCUAUAGUUUUUUAAAGUCAAACAGGUAUAUCUGCUGUUAGAUGAUUAGCAAAUAAUUUAUGAAAAUCAUUUUCUUUACAUAGCUUCAUAAAGCAAUUAUUUUCAAACGUCUCUUAUUGAUGAAUCUCAACUCCUUUUAUUCAUCUUUCUGUAUAAGUGAACUUGUCUUAAUGCGCUGAGAGUUGACUAAUGCCACCUUUCCUGUGUCUGUCAGGAUUUCUCUGAGAAAACUGCUCCAGAAUGUUUAAUAUUGGAAAACUUGCCUAGCAAAGAAUCCUAGACACUCCUGUCUAGAAGCAUCCUCCCCCAAAUAUUUUUUCCCUUCAUUCUAAGGUAAUUUUUUAUUUUAAAGAGUUUUCUAGUAUAACCCAUGGAAAACUUAUCCUUCCAUUUUUCUUAGUUCCUCUGACCAUUUUUCUUAGUCUUCAUCUAGAAAAAAAAGAAAAUGCUCCUCUAAAAGACAUCUUGGACUUUGGUGUUUUACAAGGAGGCAGUGUGGGGACUGAAGGCUCCCAGGAUGCACUUGUGUAGCACUUCCCAAGACUUUUCCACGAACUGCACCUAACGCAGAAAAUAAACGUGUGCCUGGAAUGGUCUGGGAAUGUCCCAAGCACAGAGUUUUUUCUAAGUCUUAUGUUUUACAUUAAAAGGUCACGUAAAUGCUGCAUUUUACUUCAUAAUUUUAUAUACUCCAUAUGUUUAAAUAUUUUAAAAAUAAUGUUUUAUAUUAUUUACCAACUGGUAAAAUGGAUACUCUUAUAACUUUAAAUAUGUCUUUUGUACCCCCUGGAAAAAUAGAUCCCCAGUUUGAGAUACACUGCAUGCAUGACAGGAACAGAGAUUGGUUCCCUGAGGGCCACUGGAGGUUUCUGCUGCUGAGAGUGCUCACUCCUUGUUACAAGUGAGGAUUAUUUGAACGACCACAAAAUAACUCAGUUCCACGUAUGGCUAAUUUGAUUCUUCUGAGUCUCUUAACAACCAGCACAAAUUGCCACAAUAUUGUUUGAGGUCAAAGAUAGAGUCCAAUCCUACGAGGAUAGAAAUGGGUGCAUCAAUGUGUGUCCUGAGUCAGACCACACAUACACACAUAUGCUAAGUUGGUCCCUGAAAUUGAUUUGAUUUGUCUCUAAACACUUUUACUAGAAAUUUCUCAAGUGUGACACAAACCAACUGCUUUGAGGCAAGCAUUUGAUCAAGUAUUAUCCUGAUAUGACUAGAUUUGGUAACAAGGAGAAUACGUGCCAAGUUUCUGUUCCCAUUAACUUCUUGUCAAAACAGUCUCACUCUCAUAGACACUGGCCUAGGAAAGUCAAAAAUUCAACUAUUUUCUCUUGAAGUUAGAAUAGCAAAAAAAAAAAAGCCAUAUGUAUGUAGAGUACUUAUAGUUUCUUAUCUCACAACAGUCUUUUGAAUAUUCAGUAAAGUAUAACCAGAGGGGUUAUACAUUUUGCUCAAUUUCAUACAUAGCACUGGUGAACAGUAGAACCUGGCCUCAUCCGUGUCAUCUGGCUUCAAGUCUGGCAUUCUAAUAUACCACAUGAAAGUCUUAGGCUUGGUUUUUUCCCCAGUAAUAUCCAAAAUAUGUAAAUAAAACUGGAGGUGCAUUUAUAGUCACACACCAGUAGAACAUGCCAAAUGGUAAGGACAUGAGAGAACUGAUAUUAACCAUCUUUUGCGUAUAUGUUUGCCAAUUUGGAAUUCUGACCAUAAGAUACACAUCCCUGUUAAAAGAAUUCAUUGUUCUUGAUAUCACAUAACAUAGUCAUUAAGCAGAGGGCUGCAGGAAGUCACUCGAUCUGAAGCAAAAGCAAAUAGAACUUUAGAAAUACUAAUAAGUUCAAAAAUAUUGUAUAAUUAAAUUUGAUAAUCAUUUCAGUGUUCAUUCAUUCAGAUACUAGUUGAACAUCUCUGUAUGUGCUAGGGUACAACCCCUGGCUUCAUGGAGCUUACUGCCCUCUCCCACUUAAAACCAAGCUGAGGAUUUGAGUUACAGAAAAAUGUCUUUUCUGAGGAUUAAAAAACCACUCAAUUAUCGAGCCAGAGAAGCAUACAACAGGAACAAAUGAAAUGAUUUUCCAAAGAACUGUUUUCCUAAAAAGUAGAUGGAUGACAUAACAUCUGAUCUAUAAUUAUUCUUGAAUCACAGUUUGGAUUUCACGCUUGAAAUAACAAAUUGUUACACUGAUUGAGUGAGGUUAUGGGUUGUCUUUCCUUAUUAUAUGAUACAAUAAAAAAUAAUUUUAAUUAGAUAUAUUGCUUGUAAAAAUAGCUAAUUAUAGUCUGUAACAAAUCACUAGAGAAAAAUUUAUUACUGGUGGAAAAGUCUGUUAAAAAGUUUAUGUUUUAAUAGUGUGCUUGAUAGUUAUAUUAUUAAAAGCAAAGCAUUUUAAUGCUUUUUUUUACUUCCUAUUUACUAUUGGCAACAUUUUAGGGAUAUCUCAUUAAUCUUUGCUUUAUCUCUAAAUUUCUAAAUGUAAGAUUUUUUAAAUUCAGUAUUAAAAACUACUUAGUUUGACUCAAGAUGUUUAGUCGCUAGGUCCAUGUGGAUUUUGCCAUUGCAUUGUCCUCCCCCAAAACAGAAUUCUAAAAAAAAAAAAGAAGAAAGAAAAAAAGAAAGCCACAAAAUCUAAGUUAAAAUGGAAACAUUUUAAGGCCCGUCCCUACUAAGAAAAAGGAAAGGUCCUGACUCCAAAUCUUGGUGAACACCUCAUAUUUUUCAGUUUAGCACUUAUUGUGACAUAAAUGCUAUCUUUAGUGGUUUCAAUGACCACUUCUUCCACUUAUCUUUUUAAAACAGCCUAAGUUAAUUUCAUAAAUUUAUUUACCAUAUUCUCUUCCUUAUUAAGUCCAAAGGGAUCUUAACCUAUAAAUACACAUAUAAAUAAAGGGAAGUGGGAGAUUAUCUUUCAUAAUAAAGUCACCCAAGGCCAGCCAGAGAUACACGUAGAAAAAAAAGAAGAACGACUACGAAAAACGUAAGUAAAUUAAAUAUGUUUUAAGCAGAGAAAUUUAUGUUAGGUAUAGACAUGUAUUUGCAUAAAGUUUAGACUAAAUACUUAUUAUUUACAGAAAAUUUAGAAUUCAGCCCAUAAUUACAAUUCUUUCUCUCCUGAAGAAAUUAUUUCUUAUCAUCUGACAGAUACUUCCAGAUUGCUGUUAAUAAAAUGUUUUAUUAAACAAAUAUGUAUUGAGGGUCUCCCAUGUACCCAAAAUUAACUCAGGUACAGCUCAUUCCCUCAAAUUUACAGUCUAGCAGAGGUUUCAUAUUUAAGAGGUUAUAUUAGUAAAAUCUAAUUCCAGUGGAUUACAGUGAGCUAAUAAUAGUAUGACAGUAGAUUUGAGUUUGUUGUUAGAGAAUGUCUAUAACUCCUUUCUAUUUUCCUUCAAACUCAAGUUAUUUUUUUCCAUUCUCUAAUCUAGAAUCUGAAUUUCCACCGCAUAGGGUUUCUAAACACCCAGGCUUUAAAUUGCAGUAGCUGUCUGAAAUCUAUUGGCAAUGUAUUUGAACGAAGACAUUUUCCAUUUCGGCAGAACAGGAUUCUAGCCAAAAAUGACUUUGAAAAUGAUCGUUUCUAUACUCCCAUAACUGUUCUAUUUGACUUUUUUUUAAAUCCUAGUUUGCAUGCUGAACUAGAUGCCACAUCAAGCUGCUGAUUUUAUGAAAGCCCAAAGCCCAUCUGAGCAAUGAUUAUCUUCCCUCCAUGGUGGGCAGUGCUGGCCAACAACAUGGCUACAUAGUUUUUCUUUUAAUUAUUUUUGCUCCAUUUCAACAUAAAACAGAUUCAUGAUGGCCUACCAAAUACUUAAAAUAGACUUUCAAAAUCAAGACCCAGGGAAACUGACACGGAAUAGUAAGGGCAGAGGCAGAGUAGAAAGGUACGGGUUCAAAGACGUCAUGGGCGCUCCGCCGUCAGGCUUGCUAUUCCCUGUGUCGAGUGCCCUCUACUGGUCAGUCUGAGAGAAGAUAGAAAGGAUGCCUUAACCAGGACUUGAAAACCACCUUCAGUUUCCCUGCAUAUACCCAAAACUACAGUAGCAUCCCAGGCAUUGUUUUUUCAGUGAUUACAUCUCAGGUUUUUUAUUCUUAUUCCAAAAAUAUUUGAUAAAACUGUUGCUACCCUUUUCACAGCACUUUCAGAGUAUUCCUAGCUCCUAAAUAAAAACAAAAUCACAAGUGUAGCUAAAUGUCUAGCAGUACCCUAGUCUACACUUGGGAUACACAGAAAAUGCUAUUUUGACCUUUAUGCCAUUAGUGAGAAGCAAGAUAAUAACUCAAAAUGGUGGGUUUAAAAAAAUUAUGGAUCUGUAAUGACAAGUCUAUUUGGGUUGACUCUCCCAAAACCCACCAUUUCCAUUCUACUUGAAGAUUACAAGUAGAGCCUGAAAUACCCUGAAUUGACUCUUGAAAAAAAAAAAAAACAAGUGGUUUUCUAAAAUCCCCAUAGACAUCUGUGUGUGCUGGCCAGAAAUUCUACUACAGCUAGAUUUCCAACCCAUCUUUAAAGCAACAUGCUUCUAACAUUAUUUGUGUAUGGGUUAGGCUAUGUUUUCAACCUGUAAAUUAUACUCACAUCAUAAUGUUUAAUGAAAAUUAGGAAGAUUUUUGUAAGGAAAACAUUCACAGAAAGAAAUAUGUAUUGAUAUUACUCAAAUUACUUAUCCAACAAAAUGCUAUCACUAGAAUUAAUUGAUAAACAUGUACGUAUUCUAUGAAAAUCACACUAAAGAAUUGGCAAAAAUAUUUCUGUUAAGAUUUAGCUCAAAACCAAAGAAAAGGGAAAAAGAAAAACAUGCAACUUAUAAAACACUUACAAAAACUAGUGUGUGACACUAUCCUGUCACAUAGCCAAGUUCCGAACUUAUGCAAUUUUAAAGAGAUAUGAUAUUAAACCAUAAAAAAUUCAGGGAAUGCAUAAAGAAGGUUUAUUAAGCAAAUAUGAGGUACCAUUAACACACUGACACAUUUUUAAUAACCUUUAACUACAUAGCGGCUAUGUUUGCUUUUAGCACCUUGAUUUCAAUCUGAAGUCUUUCUGUUUCAUACUGUUACUUGUGUGUUUGCUUGCUUGCUUUGUUUUGUUUGGAGAAGUGAGGGUAGGUGGGAGAAAAUGUUUAAAGGGGAAUAUUAUUGGGCAACUUAUUAACAUUACCUAGUGUACCCUGGAGUACAAUAGAAACCAUUUGUAGACAUGCCUCGGCCAUCUCACUCCCUUCCCCGUUUUUGUCAAGUUUUGCUAUCCUGGUUUGGAAACAGAUUCUUGAGAUCAAAUUUCCGAUCCUGCUAAUUAAGAUUUUUCAUUACUCUCCUGUCUGCAUUACCCCCAGCAAUCCUUCCCUAGGAUCUGCCUGAGCAGAGUGUAUCAGGUACCAAGUCAAAGUGAAGACGAAAUGAGCCAUUAGCAAUCACAACUUGAAGCCCAAAGCCAAGAGAAACUGGAGGAUGUUCCAGCAGUCAGAAAACAUAGCAAGGCAUAAGGACAAAGGAACUGUCUCUAUACAGCAUAAUAAUACGACUUGACCAACAAAACAGUGACACAGUGCUUUCCCCCAUGAUGGACAAAAAAAGUACAGUACUUUUUAAGCCUCUAUUAAGUUCUUUAAUUUCAAAGGUACACAGCUGGCUUGAUGAGAAAGGUGGUCCCUAAUUCAUAACUUUAUCACAAAGAUUUAGGCAUCUCCAUUAAAUUUGUGUAACAGGUUGUUCAUGUGCCUGUCUUCAGGGCAGUACACAAAAAGGAAAAUAUCAAUAUUACUCUUUUAAUCAUUUUCAAUAGUAACAAAUACUUCAAUCAGGGAAAACUGAUAUUGCUCUGGUAGUUUUUUUAUGGUUCUGGGCCAAAAAUAUCUGUAAUGGCAAUUUAAGCAAAACUUUAGCAAAAGUUUCUAAGAAUAGAAAGCUCUAUUGAAAACUUAUACUUUGCUAUACAUUCAAUUACAACUAAUUUGCAUUUGGAUCAGUAUUUUUUAAUUCAUGUAAAAAUCGUUUCAGGUGAUCAUUUGAAAUUAAUGUUUUUUCUUAUAAAUAUAGAUUUUUUAAAAAAUAGCAUAAAUAAGAUGAUAUACAGUAAAAUGACUGGCAAAUAGGAGAUAUGGAUUUUCUUUUUGAAAAGUAUUUCAAAAGAAAUUAUUUGAUCCACAUUAGUAUGCUAAUGACUUAGUCUUCUAAAAUUCUUCUGUGGCUUCCUAAACAGUCAAAAUUUUACAUAUGUAUAUGAGUAGAAUUCACUGUUACAUAAAAUGGAGGGCAUUUUACUUGCUAAAUUAUACAUAUUAUACACAUGUAUAAUUAUAUAUAUUAUACAUAUUAUACACCUGUAUAAUUAUAUAAUAUGUAUAAUAUAUAUUUAUAUAAUAUAUAAUAUUAUAUUAUAUAAUAUUAUAUAUUAUAUAAAUAAUACAUAUACACAUUAUCUACCAACCCAUGUGGCUUUACAAAAACAUUGACAUUUGGACAAACAACAUUCUAUUAAAACUAGAUAGUGCAUUUCUUUUACCUAAUUGCCAUAACUUUUUAGUGUUUAAUAAUCAAAUAUGAAUUUCUUCUGAAGGGAGAAAUUACUUGUCCAUUUCUUCUACAAUUUGUUUUUAUUUUUUUAUGGAGAUAGGGUCUUGCUAUGUUGCCCAGGCUGGCCUCAAACUCCUGACCUCAAGCAAUCCUCCUGCUUCAGCCUACCAAAGUGUUGGGAUUACAGGUGUGAGCCACUGCACCUGGCCCUUACAAUAAUUACGACUUCAAAUAUACUAUCUAUCUGAGGAGACUUUUACAGUCUCCUUAUUACCACACAUUUGAGUAUACUUAGUCAUUAUGUGAAUAUUCAACAAACUGGUCCAUCUUUCUGAUUUAAGUAUUUGUACACCUCAGGAUGUAUUUCAUAAAGUAAUUCAUAACCACUUUGGUUCUAGAUUUACUAUAAUUGGCUAUCUGCCAGAAUAAACUAUAAAAUGAGAAUAGAAGCUUAUGGUGUCAAAAUUUUUUCUUUAUUAAAUUUUCUUUUGAUGAUCAAGUCUAAAUUUUCAUCUGUUUAGAUUUAAUCCGAGACUUUUUAAUUUUUUAAUGUUAAUCUCAUUGAUCAAGAAAGAUAACAGAGAGGGAGGCUCAUUUUCUCUUCUGAUUUAUUUAAAAUGCCAGAUCAUAUAAAUUUAGAUAGGGCCCUUAUUUUCUGCGAAAGGAGUGGAGCUGGGUGAUUACCAAGGACUACAUAGAAUGCAGCAAGCACACUGCACACUGCAUAGUCCUUACAUCGUCUAAAUGCAACUACUCAACCAAAGCAGAUGGUCACUGUGGAAUGAGGGUGCAGACGACACUAAUACUAAAGACAGGCUAACUUGGAAAUUCUUGCAUUGAAACUGCAAAGGAAUUUCCAAAUACACUGAAAUUUCACCUUUAGAGUAUCUGCUAGCCAUCAUCAGUAAAAGGAAAACAAUACCUUGAUUUUAAUGAAGUUUUAUUGUUUGGUUAAUUUUUGAGUGAUUAUAUGGGUUUUUUUUUUUUUGCUUAUUUAUUUUAUGAAAACUUUAGUAUAACACAUUACUUAGUUUGGACUUGAAGUCAACUUAUGAUGCUUAAAAAAUCCAUGUUCUAAAUCAUAAUUGCAUGACAGUUUAGAUUUGAUUACUAUUUAGUUAUAGCCUAACAAAUACUGUAUUCCUGUUUUCUCAAAAAAAGUUCCUAGUUUAUUAAAUAGUAUUCAGAUGAAGCAUCAUGCUGCCCACCAGCUCACUAAAUGUAUUAAAUACCUGUCUAUAUGCAGCUUAUGUAAAAACUCAAUAUUGACUGUCCAUGUCUACUGCAUUUAAAAGCUCGUCGUGAUUCUAUCAUCUUGCUAUGCCAAUGCCUUACGUUAUGAUGUCAUGUACAUAGGCCAUGGUACAAAAGUGACUGUCAACUGCUUACUCAACAUCUAGUCAGAAAAGGUCUGAGGCAGUGCAAUAACACUUUUAGUUAAACUAGCUCACUUUUGGAAUCAUUUACAUCUGUGUAUUCUUUACCAUAAAUACUGAAAUAGUAUUUUAACUGUUUUUUCAGGCUUGUAAUACAAAUCUCUGUGUCAUAUCUACAUAGUCAAAAUACAUUAAUUCUGUUUAAAAGUAUUGCCUACUAACAAACUAAUGAGAAAUAUCUACUGAUUUUCCCAUAUAAUUGCUUAUUUUCCAUUGCCAAUGUAGACCUGCCUCAAAUGGUGUCUUUCACCACUGUCAUGUGUAAAAUAAAGGGAGGCUAUUGUGGUGAAUUUUUAUGUAUGACAUUAGCUCUUUCACUAGUCAAAGUAUGUACAUACCUCAGAAGUGACCUGUCUACCGAGGUCCAGUAUUCAAAAGUGUAUCUUAUUUUAAUUUUUGGAUGUCUACAAAAUUAACAUAGGUAGACUUUCAAAGGCCAGCAUUGGUGAGGAGGGGAAAGGAAAGGAUGGAAGGAAGGAAGGAUGAUGAGAAGAUGAAGGAAGAGGAAGGGGAAAGAAAAGAAUGGAAAAAAACUAAUAGAGGAAGGUAAAUCUCUAAAUGAGUUAAAUAAGGCUUAAAUAAAGUUUACAUGUAUAUUCUCUAAAAGUUGAUUGGCUUGGAGGAGGCUGUAUGUGUUUGUGUGUGUAUGCAUGUGGGCAUGUCUAUGUUUAAAGUCAGGAGGGGGAGCCUGAAUUAUCUACCACAUUUUUUGUUAACUAGUCAUACUUUUAAAACUUUGUCUAACUCCCAAAAUUUAUUAAUCCAACAUUUAGUACUAAAAUUAUAAGAUUAUUGUUAAACUCAGGACAGUUCUGUGGCUAUUCACAAAGUAAUUUUAUGAAAACUUAUGAGGAAGUUGUUUAGUACUGUCACUAAUUAACGGGCACAAAAAAAAAAAAAAGAAAAACCUUGUCAGAGAUAAUUAUGGGUGAUUUCCCUGCAAAAUAAAUUGGUAUACAAGUUAUUCUUUUUUCUCAAGUUGCAGAGGUUUUGAUUCUUUCUAUUGUCUCUAACAUCUCCCAGAUUAAAAGCACCCAAACUAUUUUUUAAACUUAAGAAAUAGAGUAUCAGAAAUUAAACAUUAAAUUAAUAGUUAUUAAAGUUGCUAUAUAUGGUAAGUAAAACAAUUUCCUAUUUCUAAGUUAUACAUGGUAUUAGAUGUCUAGGUACAGUCACAUGAAAUAUCAUUGACUUUUAUUAACUUCAGUGUUUUAGAGGGUUUUCAUACUCGUCUAUGAAUGCUCUGAAUGCUGCAGGGAAAAAGAAGCACAAUCAGUAUUUUGUUUUUUAUGAAUUUUCAAUUGAGUUAUCCUGUCCUGUCCACACACAUAAUAGCAUUAGCAUUUCAUCUUAUACCAUGUUGAAAUACUUUUAACACAAACUCUCAAUAGAAACUUAUUUGUAAGUGGUUAAGUCUUGUCUAGUCUCAUUCACCUGCCUCAAUGUGCUUUCUUUCAUUCUAUUUGCAUAUGAAAUGUUCUUAUUUCAGUUUUGUAGAGAGGAUAUGAGUUAGCAUACUCAUGUUUGUUCAGCUGUCCAUCCUGCAUCGUUACUACAAUGCCUUUCUCUGCCAUUUAAUGGUGUUUGUAUCAAUGUUCCCAUAUCUGCUGCAUUUUAACUCCAUAAAAAGAAAAUGUGAUUUCGUAUUAAUAGUUUUGUUGAUCAACUCAACUCAAUAUUUCUGCACCAAUCAGCAUACCUAUAUGCAUGUAGUAGUCUGUACAACUGUUCAACAUCAAAAUACUUGUUUACUUUAUGUCAAAAUGUCUAUAAAAUUGCUGGCAUUGUUCUCCAUUUCAGUCUGGUAGAAUAAGCAAGAUAGAAAAUAAAUGUGUAAAUGAA